AGUUGUAUACUGACCAGACAAGAUGGUGGAUGGUUAUAAAAUCUUUUUAUUUGUGAUAUUUUCUUGCGUCUGUCUAUCUCAAGCGGACCCCAGAGUCGUUUGUUAUUUAGACGGAAAGGGUUUUACAAGACAAGGUCAAGGUAAAUUCGAUAUCGCUUUUCUUGACCCGGUUUUCCAAUUCUGUACUCACUUAAUAUACGGUUAUGUGGGCGUUGACCCUGUGACGUAUAAAGUUAAAGUCUUAAACGAACAAUUGGAUAUAAAUCAGCACAAUUUGAAGACUGUAGCUGAGCUAAAAAGGAGAUUCCCCGGUCUGAGAGUUUUCCUUUCAGUCGGAGGCGACAGAGAUAUAACUGGUGAAGGCAAUGAAAAAAAUCUUGUUUAUACCACUUUGUUGGAAACUGUAGAUCGCCGAUUAACUUUCAUUAAUUCCGCUAAAGAUCUGAUUAAAAAUUAUGGAUUCGACGGUAUAGAUUUAGCCUGGGAACUACCGAGAACUAAACCAAAGAAAAUAUUCAGUAGCAUCAAAAAAUUUUUUAUUGGUAUCAAACACACAUUCGUUGGCCCUUCUGUAGUCGACGAAAAAGCCGAAGAACACAAAGAACAAUUCACAGCUUUUAUUAGAGAAUUCAAAAAUGCCUUAAGACACGACGGUCUAUGGUUGACAUUAUCCGUCCUUCCUAACGUCAAUAGUACAGUAUAUUUCGACGUACGUCAACUAGCGCCUCAUUUAGAUUUCGUAACUUUACAAAAUUUCGAUUUUUACACACCCGAACGCAACCCCUACGAAGCAGACUACACCUCGCCCCUAUACAAAAUCUUCGAUAGAAAAGAUGACGAAAAUGGCGAUUACCAAGUAACAUAUUGGAUGACGAAUGGUAUGCCGGCUAAUAAAAUCAACUAUGGUAUACGAACUUUCGGUCGCUCUUGGGUAUUAAAUUCUGAUACCACCGGCGUACCACCUGUAAGCAUCGACGAAGGUCCAGGCGAAGCUGGUAUCUACACCCAAGAACCCGGUCUUCUCAGUUAUAACGAAGUUUGUACUAAAAUCGCGAAUGCCGCCGAAAUUCAAGCUGGUUAUCUCGGAAAACUUAGAAAAGUCAAUGAUCCAACCAAAAAGAAAGAAAUAGAAUAUUGGAAUACGACCGAUGUAACAAAACGUUUUGGUACCUACGCUUAUCGUGAACCCAAAAAUGACGUUAAAGGUAUUUGGGUAUCUUUUGAAGAUCCCGAUACCGUUGGUCAAAUCAGCGCGUAUUCGAGAGCCAAAGGAAUCGGUGGGGUUGCUGUCAUCGAUCUUACCUUAGAUGAUUUCCGUGGUCUAUGUAGCGGUGAUAAAUAUCCGUUAUUAAGAGCAGCUCGAUCGCAAGGUAAAUUCGAUAUCGCUAAUUUAGAUGAAGCUUUACGAUUUUGUACGCAUUUAUUGUAUGGUUACGCAGCCAUCGAUGAAAGCACUUAUCAUUUAGUACCCAUGAACGAACAAUUCGACGUUAUAAAAGAAAAUUACAGACACGUUACAGAUUUGAAAAAAAGAUUCCCUAAAUUGAAAGUUUUACUUUCCGUUGGAGGUAAUGAGGAUAUCUCCGGUUCCGGUGAAGAGAAAAACGAGAAAUAUAGAACAAUCUUGGAAUCAACAACUCAUCGUUUGAGUUUCGUCAAUUCUGCGUACACUUUAAUAAAAGCAUAUAAUUUCGAUGGACUCGAUUUAGCUUGGGAAUUCCCAGAAACUAAACCCAGGAAAAUAAAAACAGGAAUUAAAAAAGUGUGGAGCAGUAUUAAAUCAGUUUUUACCGGGGAUUCGGUAAUAGAUGAAAACGCCGAACAACACAAAGAACAAUUUACGGCUUUAGUUAAAGAACUUAAAAAUGCAUUAAGGGCAGAUAAUUAUCAACUUUCUUUGACGGUUUUACCUAACGUAAAUAGUACAGUGUAUUACGACCCAAAAAAUCUUGCGCCAUAUCUUGAUUUUAUAAUAUUACACGCUUUUGAUUUUUAUACGCCCUUACGUAACGACAAACUGGCAGAUUUUCCUUCCCCUUUAUACGAAUUGAUAGAUAGACGUAACGAUGAAAACGUUGACGCGUGGGUGCGAUAUUGGAUAUCUCACGGAGCCCCCGCCCAUAAAAUCGUAUUAGGUAUAGCCACUUACGGACGAAGUUGGCAUUUAUCAGGCGAAGCUAAAGUCGACGAAAUCCCCAUCACCGAUUUAGAAGGACCAGGUGACGCAGGACCUCUUACCAAAGAAGCAGGAUUACUGAGUUACCCCGAAAUAUGUAAUAAAGUCACUACAAGGAUUACCACCCCUGGCGGAUUGACUAAAAUCCCCGACGCAACUAAACGCAGGGGUGUCUAUGCUUAUCGGUAUCCGGAUAAGGACGACAAAGGGGGAAUUUGGAUAGCGUACGAGGAUCCGGAAACUGCGGCUAUUAAAGCCCAAUAUGCUAAAGCUAAAGGUCUAGGAGGUAUUGCUGUUGAUGAUCUAACACUCGACGAUUUUAAUGGAAUUUGCGGUAUAGGAAAUGUUAAAUUCUCCAUUUUGAAAGCUGCGGUGGCUGCUUUCUAAUUAUAUAAAGAAAGUUUAAUAGUAAUAGAAAAAAUCCUAGUCACAUAUAUUUUGUGAAAUAGCGUUACUGUUACUCAAUUUAAUAAUUUGUAUUUGAGAAAAUAAUAAAAUAAAUUAUUUGAA